AUGGUUAUGGCAACAACGUCUCUGGUUGAAUGCGUCGCCCCUGUUACAUUUCACAAUAGUAACAUUGGCCAUAUCAAGAAACAACAGCAUCAUGGCGCAACCCAUGCCCACAAUGCCAAGCAACUGAUUGGCGAUGCUCUCCGCCAGCGUGUGGAGAACAUUGACCAUGAAUUCUGCGAGCCUGGCGAAGAAGACACCUUCUUCGUCGCCGACCUCGGCGAGGUCUACCGCCAGCAGCUGCGCUGGAAGAUGAACCUGCCGCGCGUCAAGCCCUUUUACGCCGUCAAGUGCAACCCCGACCCCAAGGUCCUCCGCCUCCUGGCCGAGCUUGGCAACGGCUUCGACUGCGCCUCCAAGGCCGAGAUCGAGCAGGUCCUGGACAUGGGCGUCGACCCGUCGCGCAUUAUCUAUGCCCAGCCCUGCAAGACCAACUCGUACGUCCGCUACGUCGCCUCCAAGGGCGUCCGCGCCAUGACGUUCGACAACGCCGACGAGCUGCGCAAGAUUGCCAAGCUCUACCCGGACGCCGAGCUGUUCCUGCGCAUCCUGACCGACGACAGCUCGUCGCUGUGCCGCCUCAGCCUCAAGUUUGGCGCGUCGCUUGACACCACCGACGGCCUGCUGGCCCUGGCCCGCGAGCUGAACCUCAACGUCGUCGGCGUCUCGUUCCACGUCGGCUCCGGUGCCUCCGACCCCCAGGCCUUCCUCAAGGCUGUCCAGGACGCCUAUGCCGUGUUCAGCCAAGCCGCCACGCACGGCUACAGCCUCCGCACCCUCGACGUUGGCGGCGGCUUCUGCAGCGACGACUCGUUUGAGGGCAUGGCCACCGUGCUCCGCGACGCUCUGGACGAGUACUUCCCGCCCCAUCUUGGCGUGACCCUGAUUGCCGAGCCCGGUCGCUACUUUGUUUCGUCCGUGUUCACCAUUGCCUGUAACAUCAUUGCUCGCCGCACGCUCGAGGACCCCGAGCCGGCCCUGAACGGCAACGACCGGCGUGACCCCAGCUACAUGGUGUACGUCAACGACGGCUUGUACGGCAACUUCAGCAGCAUCAUGUUCGACCACCAGAAUCCCGUGGCCAAGGUGCUGACCUCCAACGCGCGGUUCCUGUACGACACCGAGGGUGCCCAUGCGACCACGGCCGACGCUGGUGCCGCGGGCACCGAGUACUCGAUCUGGGGCCCGACCUGCGACGGCAUUGACCGCAUCACGGAGAGCAUCCGCUUUCGGCAGACGCUGGACGUGGGUGACUGGCUGUACUUUGAGGACAUGGGCGCGUACACGAGCUGCUCGGCCACGCGCUUCAACGGCUUCACGGACAACCACGACGUCAUCUACGUGUGCAGCGAGCCGGGUGCCCGCGCGCUUCUCGGGAUGCACUAA